AUGAUGGACAUGACCCAUCUAGGAAUUGUUCCAAUGCAGAAGCAUAUUGAAGUCAACAAACUUGUAACGGGUCGACCUUUAGACAACUUAGAGUUUUUGCAAUUGCUGAAACGUUAUUAUGAUUCUGUAAAUGGUGGAAUUGUGAAUGAGAAUUAUAAUCCUGUGGACCGUAGAAGGAAGGGCAAUAAGGAACAAAAUCGUAAGGAUUCUUUUAAGACCUUGAAGUCACUACAAGCAAACAAAUGUUAUAACCCUGGCUUAGGUGAUGCAGUAUGCAUUAAUAAAAUUUAUGGGACCAAACAAGGCAAAGCAGACACUGUAGGUGUAGGGGCUGAUUCAUCAGAGGAAAUUCAAGCUUUGUCCAUUGAGAUUACAGAUAUCAAGCUUUCUAUGGAACUUUUGGAAAAAGAAAGAGAUCUCUAUUUUGGGAAAUUACGAGAUGUUGAAAUACUUUGCCAGACUCCUGAAUUGGAGCAUUUGUCAUUAGCUGUGGCAAUUAAGAAGAUAUUAUAUGCCACAGAUAAAAAGGAUUCGACACUUGCAGAAGCUCAAGAAAUCAUAAAUCAGUUGAUGAAUGUUGAUCAAACAGAUGUGGGUACUGAGUCUAACUGA